GCUAUAGAUAUAUAUAUAUAUAUAUAGAGAGAGAGAGAGCUAUAGACAGAUAGAUAGAGAGAGAGAGAGAGCGCUAGGAAAAAGUUUAAAAACUUGUCGAAGACAAAAAAAAACUGUAAGUCCAGAGGAUUAGAGAAGAGGCAAAACAAUGUCGUUGCGUACUCUGCCGGCCCUGAUUUUAAAUCUUGGAGGAGAAAUGAUGUACAUCUUAGACCAAAGGCUUCAUGCACAGAAUGUGAUGGAAGACAAAACACAAAAAGUUCUGCAGGAAAUCGUUGGUACGAUGUUCAGCAAACAUUUCAUGGAUGAGUUAUUCCGUUUACAGCCUGUUUACUCCAAGAAAGCAAUGAGAGCAGUCUUUGAUCGUAUUGCACAUUCUUCUGUCAUGCGUUUGAAUGCUGCCAGCAUGGACAAAUUAUAUGAUUUGAUGACAAUGGGUGUGAAGUACCAAUUUCUGAUGUGUCUCCAGCCCAAAGAGAUCCUCUUCAUUACAAUGAACCACCUUGAGGGCAUUAUGGAAAUGGUCAAGGACAACGCCAGCACAUUCCAGCAGGUGACGAACAUCAGCAGAAAGUUUAUCAAGAUGUAUUCUGAGUUAUCAGAUGGUGAAUUUCAGCUUUUGCGUCAGACGGCGUUAAGUUUCUUCCAAGAUAUUCACGUCAGGGUAUCCAUAUAUUUAAAAGAGAAAAUUCAAAAUGCUGACGGUUCAUUUGUUUUGUCUCGGUCUGGUCAAGUGGCAUGGAAUACGGAGAUUCCUAUUGUUAUUAGGUCUUUUGAUGAAAACGGCAAACUUGUGAAAUCCAUCUCUGCAAAUCCUGGAGGUCGGUACUUACCAUCAGCGAAAGGGUCCAUAGAGCCAAAAGGGGACCGAGGAACAAAACUGGGAUGUAACAUAUAUUCCGAUGACAAUCACAUUGUAACUGCUGAUGGCAAAAGCAAGAGUUCUUUAUCCUGUCGAGGUGGACCAGACGGGACAGAUAACAGUUCUGAUGCUAAUGCACUGGCCCAGCUACAGCUUCUCUCCCGUCUGAUUGGAAUGGCAAGUACGUCACAGAAACCAGAAAUAGAACUGAACCUGUUCUGUUCAACUCCAGAGGACAAAGAUGAUGAUGAAAACACCAUCACUCCACCUGCUAUUAUCAGAGAUGCUACAAAACCCUUGGAGAUUAUGAUUGAUGCCUCAAAGAAACAAUCAAGUGAUGAACUGAAUCGGAUCAUGGGAGAAAUGUCUGUUGAGGUGAACCCUGCAUCAGAAGUUGAGGAAGACCUGUUGGACUUAAUGGAUGCUGCUCAUUGAAAUGUGUAUAUAUAUGUGGGUUGAAAAGGACAUUACAGCUUCUACAAUGUUGCAGGAUUCAUUAAUCCCUACACGAAUACCAUACACAUAUUUGCAGUGCCUUUAGUGAUAAUGGCUGAAGUUUAGUGACACUCACCUUAUAAACUUUAGGAUGUCACAGCCACACACGUAACAGAGUGAAGUGUAACAGGGACAUCAAUAAUGAGCCUAAGAUAAAUCAUACCUAGGAUCUUUAACCAAAAGACCUACCAUUCCUUGUAUCUUUAGCAGAAGAUCAGUCAUACAUUGGAUCUUUAGUCUAAGAUCAAUCAUAUCUUGGAUCUUUAGUCUAAGAUCAAUCAUACUUUGGAUCUUUAGUCUAAGAUCAAUCAUAUCUUGGAUCUUUAGUCUAAGAUCAAUCAUAUCUUGGAUCUUUAGCAUAAGAUCAAUCAUACUUUGGAUCUUUAGCUGAAGAUCAAUCAUACCUAGGUUCUUUAACCAAAAAUCAAUCAUACCUUGGAUAUUUAGUUGACGGUCAAUCAUAUCUUUGGAUCUUUCCCAAAAAUCAAUCAUACUGUGGAUCUUUAGCUUAAGAUCAAUCAUGCUUUGGAUCUUAGCUUAAGAUCAGUCAUAUCUUGGAUUUUAGCUUAAGAUCAAUCAUAACUUGGAGUUUUAACCUAAGAUUUGCCCCAACUCACGUCCCACAUACUAAUCCCAGAUUAAAGAUUUGUGGUAUCUUUUAUACUUAAGAUAACAUUUUGCAAUGUGAUCAAACUUUAUGACUGAAUCACACUACUUGGGGGUGGGGUGCUUUAAUGAUUUCUUUCUAUACUUCAUAGAUAAUAAUAUUUUCAUAAUUAUCUAUAACUAAUCAAUUAGAUAUCCUAGAACAGCCCCUGCAAAUUACUUUACCAUAUGACACUAAAUUUUAUGAUUACAGUGUCAUUUCUUGACAAUGUUGCUUCCGUCGCCAUAUCAGUACUAAGAUUUGUAGUUUCCAUCAUUGUGACUCAUCUUAUGAUACUCCUUCUGUCACCAUCACAACAAUGUGACUGAGCAGAUGUGGGAGUCUCUAUGUAGCCACUUAACUUGCUAGAAAUAGUGCUCCAAUCUUUAAAUUACAACCUACUGUCUUAAAAUAAAAGGCAAAUUGGAUCAUGAUGUAAUGUCUUAAAUAUAUAACACCUGAAAAAAAAAAAGACAUGAUGGUCAUGUCUGGAAUGCCUUUUCUUAUAGGCCUAUUCGGUCAGGACUGACCUGGGUUUCAACAAUGAUAAGGCAAUACCACCUGCAACAGACUUAGAGGUGGUUGUCAUAGUUACAGUGGUAAGGAGGAAUUGUGGUUGUUGUAGUGGUGAGGAAUGUAGUUAUCAUAAUUACAAUAGUAGUGGGAAUUGUGGUUGUCAUAGUUACAAUGGUAGUGGGAACUGUGGUUGUCAUAGUUACAAUAGUUAUAGUGAAGUCCUAGAUGCUUUUCAAAAAAAAAAAGAUUGGAUGGUCAUUGGAUUCGAAGGAUAAUUGAUUGCUAUUUCUA